UACAAAUAUACGAAACGAUUUUAAUUUUUUUUGUUAAGAUUAUAUAAAAUUUAGCUCUUAAAAAAUGACGCUACAAUGUCGUACCUGUGGAAACGUAAUUUAUAAUAUAAACGCUAAAAAUCUAUUCCUGACUGAAAACGCGGAUGUCUUGAUGAACAUUGCAAUUGUGGCUGGAACUGCACUAAAAAAAUGUCCUCAGCUUCCAUCCCACAUAUGCGGUUGUUGUCUUCUCGACCUGAAACAAGCCGUCGUCCGUAUGAAAGUAUUCCGGGAUCGGUGUAUAAAGACGCAGGAGCAGCUGUUAAAGAGUCAAACUCUAGUCGAAAAUUCGUCGAAAGGAGAUAUGGUAUUUAAAAGCGAUUAUAAUAUUAAUCAGGAAACUAUGUCAAAUUAUGAGGAGCUACCCAUCGAAAUCGAUAGAUUAAAAGAGGAUUUCAAUGAUGACGGAGAUGAGAUUAUUGACUCUUUUGAGGAUUCUAUUUCAAAUUUCGCGGAGGAUGCCGAGGAUGCAAGCGUUCAAAGCACUACAUGA